CCUCGGCAGUCUCCAUCCUCCGUCACCUCCACGAGAGAAGCGUCCGUCAGCAGCGACACGAACCCGGGUCUGAUCCACACCGCUGUCCCGCUCCUCGUCUGGAAGCUAUGGAGGCUGCGUCCUGCUCAUCCAGCAGAUACAGUUAUGAGGAGUACAAAGAGACCGCAGAGUGGCUGAGGGACCACACGGAGCAGCGGCCUAGAGUGGCCAUCAUCUGUGGCUCAGGCCUGGGCAGUCUGGCCGAUCUGCUGCAAAACAAGACUGUCUUCCAUUAUAAGGACAUCCCUCAUUUCCCCAUUAGCACCGUACCGGGUCAUGCCGGUCAGCUGGUGUUCGGGAGUCUGCAGGGCUGCGACUGCGUCUGUAUGCAGGGUCGAUUCCACUUCUACGAGGGCUACGACAUACAAACGGUGACGUUCCCAGUGCGAGUCUUCCACCUGCUGGGUGUGGACACCCUGAUUGUGACAAAUGCUUGCGGUGGACUCAACUCCACCUACAGCGUGGGAGACAUCAUGCUCAUUAAGGAUCACAUCAACAUGCCGGGCUUUGCAGGGCAGAACCCUCUCUGUGGCCCCAAUGAUAAGAGGUUUGGAGAACGUUUCCCUUGCAUGUCCGAUGCAUAUGACCGAGAGUUGAUGGCUCUGGCCAAGCAAACAGCAGCGGAGCAGGGCUGCGACAGCUUCCUGCAGGAGGGAGUUUACUGCAUGGUGGUUGGGCCGUCAUUUGAGACCAUUGCAGAGUGCAGAGCUCUGAGGACGCUGGGCGCUGACACUGUGGGUAUGAGCACAGUCCCCGAGGUAGUGGUGGCUCGUCAUUGCGGCUUGCGUGUCCUGGGUCUGUCCCUCGUCACCAACAUUGCCGUGACAGAUUAUGACAGCCAUGAGAAGGCAAACCACGAGGAGGUGCUGAAGACCACCCAGUAUCGAGCCCAGGACCUGGAGAGGCUCGUCACCCACAUCAUCGCCAAGAUCUAGGGCUGUUGGCACCAAACAAAAAGAGCUUGGGGGAUAGUGGUGGAUAUACUGUAGCUUUGAAUGAAAGAUUUAAAUGUGUGUGCAGAUGGUGAGAUGUACAUGUUGGGAUGAACAGGUUGAUAUUUAUUGUAUCACAGGGUAAUGAUGGGACUGAGGGAGAAGCUAGUGACCAUAGAGGAGCCAGUUAGCCAUUGUUCUACAUGUCUUAAGAAAAAGUAAGGUUUGCUUUUAUUCGUUUGGUCCAGUCAGUAAAAAAUGUGCUGACCAUCAGUAAUUCAGACCAUUUGAACAGUUAAAUAGAAAGUAAAACCAACAAAGGGUGUUUCACAGACAGACCACACCAAGCCUUGAUUUUGCCUGUGGUCGCCAUGGUGAGAACUGUACUCUGCCGCGGCUUUAACCACACAUGACAAUUACAACACGUGUCUGCAGCACCUUUAAUGUGACUCAUGAGGUGUUGACACCAUCUAUCCAUUAUCCAUACCCCUUAUCCAGGUUGCACCGGGGGUAAUCCCAGCAUGCAUAGGGUGAGAGGCGGGGUGCAUCCUGGACAGGGUGGUGUGCGGAGGCAGAGAUUUCCAGAGCAGCUAAAAGGCUCCGGGCUCCCAUAGUGUUGAAUUUAAAUGUAUAGACUGACAGAGGAAUGCAGCCGAGGGAGAGCUUAGGGCUAAGAAGGAGGUGAAGAGAGGGAGGAGGUCUGAUAGGUGUGGGGGAGUAUUGGCAUUUUGUCCACUGCCAUCUUAGUUUUUUGAUUUAUGUUUGCAGGAGCAGGGGGUGGAGCCUGACUGAGCGCUCGAGGUCACUGCACGUCACUGUCAAUCACAAGGUUUCCACACCCUAAUCCAUAAGGUGCUCAAUCGUCUAUUUGACUCUAAAUCGACCACGUGAGAGAAAACAGGUUUCAAGCACUUCUGCAUCAGCUUCACUUUCCAGAACCAAAGUUAACGUGCAUUUUUAUGUUGAAUAUGAAGGUUUGAGGGGUCAGAUUUGGUGCAGAGUUUAUUGAGGUGUCAGUAAAAGUGAGUUUCUGCUCUUGACAUGUUAGCAGGCAUCGUUUAAUCAUGUAGAGACGUGAAUCAACAUAUGAGAAGCUAAUUGGC